UUCUACACGUUCAAUACUGCAAUCGAUAUGCAAUAUUUGAACCAAUGACAUUUGGGUUGCGAUUUUAAAAUUAUCCUCCUUUUAUAAGAUAAAUAGAAAGUGAAUUAAUUAUUAAACAUGAAUUAAUAUAAUCAAAAUAUGAAAAUAGAAGUAUUAAACACCAAAAUAUAUUUCAGGGAGAAUUAGUGGGUAAGCUAACCAUGAUCGAAAAGUCCUACGAUUUUUCAGAUUUUAGCUUUUUGUACAUUUUUUAUAUAAAAUUAUCAAACAAAUUUGUUUAGUAUAGUUGGUUAUGUUUCUUGUCUUUGUUCGAAGAUACCAUAGUUCAAAUCCUACUACUAAUGUAUUUUUCAUGUUAAUAAAAAUAAUAAAUUAUUGGGAAGACGAAUCUAUUCGUCCUACUUUUGCUCUAGAAUUUAGGGCUGGUAAUCGGUCGGUAUUCGGUAUACUGGAUACCGAUUAUCCGGUAUUCAAUAUACCAGAACUAGACAGUGUACCCACCGAAUACCGAUACCGAAUGUUAUCCGGUAUACCGAAUACUGAAUAGUCGGUAUCCGAUAUUAAUGCCGGUAUACCGAAUACUGGUUAUGAGGGCCUUUGUUGGUUUGACUAUGAAAAAAUUAGAAGAAUAACACAGGCAUAAUCAUCUAAGUUAUCUAAGUCAUCUAAUUCACACAAUCAUCUAAGUCAUCUAAUUCACACAAUCACACAUGCUACUUCUCACAAACAAUUAGAUUCUCACAUGCUAGAUGCUACUAUGCUGCUGCCUGCUGGUGAAGAGAAGAGAAGAGGGAGGAAGACAGGGGCUCUGGCUCAGGGUCAGGAAUUUCGAGCUUAAUCAUACACUUCUCCUAUCAUCUUUUUUCAGUUCUCACCAUCCUUCCUAACCUUACAACUGGUCUGUGACUUGUUUGCUUCUCCUUUUCUUUUCUUUCCUUUUUCUUAUUUUAUGGAUUUCAUCAUCUACAUUCACUUCCGUUUCUCUUCCCAUGUACAGAUACAAGAAUGACUAAAGAUUGACAAAGACUAUGACUAGCAUGGAUCUUGCAUAUGUGGUGUAAAAAAAAACUCUUAUACCUCAAACAUGUCAUGUAUGUUUCCAACUCAUCAGUACAUCACUACCCUGAGGAGCCCCGACUGGGGUCCGGAGUAGUCGAGGCCCUCCUCUUCAAGCAGAUACCGCUGUACAGCAAUCGAAAGUCGUGCAGGGGUUCGAGCGCCUCUGGUAUGAUGCCCUGUUCCAACGCAUAUAUAAAACCUGCACCACACGUUUUACUUUUUUUUUUUAUAAUCGGUAUUAUCGGUAUACCGGUAUACCGUCGGUAACUACCGACUCUUAUCCGGUACUACCGAAUGUAAAAUCACACGCCCGAAUACUGAAUACCGACGGUAUCCGGUACGGUAUCCGGUAUACCGGAUACCGGUUUACCGAUUACCACCCCUACUCUAGAUGCAAAGAUUUUGAAAUGAGGAAGCACAUUUCCCAUUUCACUAUUACAUUAGGUGUAGAUCUGCACCUUGCCUAAAACAAUAUCACAACGUAGUAGUUUCAUACGUGACCAUGACAAAAUGUAACACUCGAAAUCGAAGUCAUGAAGAAAUAAACUAAAUGAUCACUAACUAGAAUAGAAGAGAUAUAAGAGUGUGGUAGUAAUUAACCCUUUUUAUUUGUUCUUAUGCAUGGAACGCCUGGCCCAUAGAAUUGAAAGAGCUAUUGUUGGGAAACUUUGAGAACCCCUAUAGGUUUCUAAGGAUGGUCCAAAGCUCUAUCAUCAUUCUUUGCUGACAACCUCAUUCUUUUUGCAGAAGCUGAGGGGAGAUAAAAUUGAUGUCAUCAAAGCCUGCUUGGAAGACUUCUGCUCUAAUUCGGGUCAAUGAGUAUAUCUCAACAAAUCGCCCAUAUAGGUCUCCCCCAACAUUCAUAGAAAUAGAGUUCAAAUCCUUAGUCACAGGGCCGGUAUUCCCCUCACGGCUGAUUUGGGGAAAUACUUAGGCCUAAACACUAUUAAUGGUCGGAUAACCAAGCUUAGGUACAAAAAGCUACUUCUUAAUAUAAAAAAGUUAGAUACUUGGAAAACAAGACACCUACCACUUGAAGCUCGCAUCACCCUAGUAAGAUCGAUCUCUUCUUCUAUGUCAAUUUACCUCAUGUUCGAAAGCUUUGUCUGCUAUGGUUUGCAAGUCCCUUGAUAAUUGCGACAAACGGUUCAUUUGGAAGAAGUUGACAAAAGCAAAUUCCAUCCUAUGGUCUGGGAACAACUUUCUCUACCUCGCCUGUAGGGGGUGCAGAAGUGCGUCCAACAAGACCAGCUAACCUCACAAUGUUGGCCAAGGGGGAUUGGAAGAUUGUCACUUAUGAACAAUCUCUUUGGACGCAAGUGGUUGGAAAAAAAUAUGGGUCAGCAAGGAAAGGCAAUGACAUCAUUCAAAAAUCUAAAGGAAGUUCUUUUACCUGGCGGAGUUUUACUCAACCUACCAAUGUCUCUGAACGGUAAAACACUAAAUUUUGGCUCGACAUUUGGCUGUUAUAGGUACCUCUGUUGGACAGUGCGAUAGGCGAGAUCCCUAUCAAGGAGAAGGACCGGCCUGUUGCAGGCUACUGAGACCCUAACUCUGGAAAUUAAAAAAAUCGAGACCUUACUGCCAACAGACAUCACCAUCAACAUAAAAAUGAAACUUAUUGAUCCAUUUUCGAUCGAUGAAGACCAACCUCUCUGGAAUCUGUCUUCCAACGCUUUUCGUGUUAUUUCUCCCCAGCAGGCCCCUAGAACCCCUGCUUUAAUUUCUAGAAGCAAAUCUGGCGCCUCAAAGUCCUAGAGACUUGAGUGUUUGUUUGAAUGGCGAGCAAGGGGAGGCUCUCCACCAACCAAACCAGGGAGUUCAGACACCUCGUGGAGAAUCAUACUUGCCCAAACUAUCAUAAUUCAAUUGAGACAUACUUACAUUGCCUCCGAGAUUGUGAUGUUGCAAGAGCGGUCUGGACAAAGGUGGUGCCACUCCACCGUCAACCCCAUUUCUUUGCCGGUCACUAUGAAGAUUGGCUCUCCAAUAACCUUGGUAAUGAUACUCGAGGAGAUUGGUUUGGGGAAUGGGCUCAAUUUUUUUCCUUGGUUCUUUGGUACAUAUGGAAGAACCGGAAUGAGUGGAUCUUUCAAGGAUAAUGCUAUCCCCAUCAACUCUCUAUAAUUAUAUCAUCAUCAAGGCAAGCGAGUGGGUCAAUGCAUGGGAGUCUUCGACUACUACAUUGGAGACAACAACCCCUUACAAUCGCAUACAACUGAUCGAAUGAUCGCCCUCACCGGUGUGAUGGCUCAAACUGAAUACAUAUGGAGCUACCACAGGGAUCUCUCGGUAUAUCUUCUACUUGCAGGAUCAUCCGUGACCACAAAUGGAGAUUGGGCUGGCGGCUUUUGUAGCAAUCUUGGGAAUGGCACGACUAUGGAGGCUUGACUUUGGGGUUUAUAUCAAGGAAUGGAACUCGCUAGAGCAAGAACAUUCAAUUUCUCAUGGUGGAAUCAGACUCUAACUUGGCGAUUUAUUUGAUCUUGAAGAGAAUUGAUUUGGCUCACCCUGAUCCUCAGACGACAUUUGAAUCGCAGUUAAGUAGUUCGUCUCGCUCAUACGUACCGCAAGGGGAAUAGAGUCACAAACUGACUCUCAAAGUACGGUCUCGUCUAUCUUGUCAGGUCGUAUGAGCUUAUGAACCCAACAGAUUUAAUCUAGAUAAUUACAGAGGGUAUGAUAGGAGUAAGCCACUCAAGAUUGGUCAUUCAAGUACCUAUUGUUAGUAGCUAGCUAUUUCUUUCCCUCGGCUUGUCUAGUUCUUGCUCGGCCCUCUUUGUGCAGCUUGUUUCCUCAGGUUACUGAGUUGGCCUGCUUAUUGUUUCUUUGUUCCUGGCCCAGGGCCUCCCUUCUAUAAAAUAAAAUAAAAUAAUAGCUACAAUAAUUUGUAUUCUGUCUAAUUACCAAUUGCAAUUAAAGUAGAUAGAUAGUCUUCUAUCUAUCUAUCUAUCUUCUAUCUAUACAUAAUAUUAUGGCAAUUCAAAAGUAAUUGCUUGCCACCUAAGCACUUGAAGAGUUCACAAAUUGCCAAGGUGAAUUUUUUUAAAAAAAAAAAUAGUUAUUGAUAUAUUAAUAGAGCUAUCUCUCUUCAUUUAAUAUUUCAUUUUUUUAUCCAUAAUUUUUCUGCAUUAUGUCAAUAUAGUGAUAUACACAAUAAUAAAUUAUGUAUGAAGAGUGAUAUAUAUUGCAUUUGCUAUUUUUAAAAUUUUUUAUAUUCAUUUUUCUUUUUCCCAAUAAAUCUUUUAUGUUUUUGUUUUUGCAUUGUAUCGAUGUACGCAACAAUAGACUAAUGUCUUUGAGUCACACAUAUAAAUUUUUUUAACCCAUAAAUAUCUGAUUAUAGAUUACUAAGUAAAUUUUUUACUCAUUUUUACUAAAAUUUAAAAAUAUGUUACAUUUUGAUGAACAAUUUAUAUAAACACUCAUACAUAAUAAUAUUUUAUAACGACAAAAUAACGAUGAACACUACCUAUCCUAUCCAGAUUAAUUCACAUACUCCAAUCAAUUUAAUCCAACUCUCUACAGCCAGGAUAUCACGAAUGUGCUAGCUAUCCCUGUCGGGAAUUACUACGUACUAAACAAUUAAAUCAAAUCCUACUGUCGUAGCUCAAUGACCUAAUUAUUUAGCUUGAAGAUCGAUAUCCUAUUUAAGACCGCAUAGCACCUUAUUUAAUCCACUGUCGCUUCGAUAAGUUACUAUGUCACAUGAAAUAGGUUCAGUUAAUAGGGUUUCACUGUCGCUAAUAACCUAAUUAACUACAAAUCGUUGUAUUGGUGGCCAGACAACACAAAGCAUUAAGAAAUUUCAUGCAAUAGAGAUUGGAAGAAAAGAAUCAUGAAUCAAUCCAUCAAAUCAAGAACUAGCUACAUCCUAUGGUGUUUCCCCCAGAAAUUGGGGUUUAGUUCAUGACGAAAUUAAGAUAAAUCGAUAGGGUUUUGUUCAUCAUGUUCUAAAUCAACAAUACACAACUAGUUCAAUUUAGAAAAUCAAACCAACUAAUCGCUCUCGUUGAACUCAGCUCUAGCCUUGAAAAAACUCAAUCGCCGAUGGAAAUCGACUGAUUGCCUGCUGCCCUGCUGCGCCGCUUCCUUUCUUUCUCCACAAGAAAUUCGCCCCCCUCUCAGCUGCUGCGCGCGCCUUCCUUCUCCAAAAGAAUUAUCCCUCCGCCCAGAAUUCUCCUUCCAAUAUUAAUUCGCCUCCCUGUCUCUUUUGUUCCGUCCAAAACAAACCCUUCAAUCAUUGCCUUCUGCCUUUUCCGGUCCAAUAAGAAAUCCCCUUCAUCAAUUAAUUUCGUGGCCCAAGCUUUAUUCCCCCCCUGGCCGCUCCAAUUCCCUCUCAGCACAACCAAAAAGCCUCAAUUAAUUCCAAGCCCAUAG